CUCUCUUCUCUCGAGUCUCCUCUCGUCUCGCGUGCACACACAUGACCGACGCCCUGGCUGGAACAGGCGACCUCUCACUUAUCUCAGCUGGCAUGCCAUGGAGAUAUCAGAAGCACUGCCUGAGCCAGAGAGAGGUAGAGAUCUAGAUGAUGAAGAAAACGAGGGGAUCAGGAGGAAGAGGGCUCAGCAAGGUAGUGAGGGAGCACAAGGCCAGGCUCUACAUCAUCCGCAGAUGCGUCGUCAUGCUCCUCUGCUGGCACGACUAGCUCACUACUGCUGCUGGUUCAUCCAUCCUCCUCUCAAAUGACAUCACAUCAGCCAUCGGCCAGAAUUAUUGGAAGACGAUGAAGAAAGAAUUCAUUGCCGGCAUUGCAUCUGACUACUACUUUGAAUUUUCUCCAUUUCUUUUUUUUCAUUCCAUUGUUUUGACUAGCAUAGCUAGAGCCUAUGUAGAUUAUUACUAGCUAGCUAUAGUUUUUGUAUAUAAAUGUAUAUUAAUUGCUAGUUUGCUAACUAUCUGAUGGUACUAUAUAAACUGCCUAGCUACGUA